ACAGAGUUCACAUGGCAACAGCUCGGAUGUCCUCCAGCUCGACUUUGUCCUCAUUCUGAGGCUGCGGCUGCGCAGGCUGAGGUUUGUCCUCUGCAAACUUCUUCAUCUCGGUGUUUCUGAGGAUCUGUGUGAUCAGUCGCUCAUAAAACCAGUCCAGGUCCUGAGGGUCCUCUGGCCAUGUCAGAAUCAGGACGUUUUUCAGCUCCUCCACCAUCCGGCUUUGGGCCAAGCAGCCAUGGCUAAAGACCCGCUAGCAGAGGCAGGCAUUUAUUUUGAUGAACUCAAGAACCUCACUGCACUGGAGCCUGAUGUCAGCCAGAAGACCUCAGAGCUGCAGGAGGGGUCGAAAGACUUUGUGGACAAAAUUGAACAGUUUCAGAAAAUAGCCGCACGUUCGAUUCGGCUGAUUGAUGAACUGGCAAAAGAAGUGGAAAAACAAAAGAGGAAGGCGAUAGCAGCGAGGAAUCUGCAGAAGUUAAUGGCAAGACUGAGGGGGGUUCAACAGCAGCAGCAGCAGGCUCUCAUUGCUGAGAAAAAGAGCCAACUUGAGAGGUACCGUAUCGAGGCUGAAGCCUUGUCCAAGGUGGAGUCAGAGCAGAACAAGCUCAUCAACCAGUUCAUUUAGCAGAAGUGAGGAUGAGACUGGGAGACUGGGAUGAAAACAUGACGAGUACAGUGUCUCUCUGUCGUCUGUCAUUGAUGAAAUUCUGUCAAUUGGACAAG